AUGGGUGACAUUCCGAAGUCGCCAGUCCUCACAACGGACGCAGAAAAGCCGCUGGACUUGGACGCCAAUGACGACAACUCCGAGAUCAAUGCUCAACGGGAUGACGAUGAUCAGAUUCUGACGAAUAUUCCCUGGUCUUACAAAUGGAUAGCUCUAGUCUGCGUUGUCUCCCUGCCAAUCGGGCACACCUGGACCGGUUCGGCACUCGGCCCGCUCAAGAACACCCUGCGGAAUGAACUCGACAUCAGCAAUGCCCAAUUUGGCGUCAUCAGCAGCGCGGACGCUUUCGUCAACACGAUCUUCCCCAUUAUCGGUGGUUUGAUCCUGGACUGGUGGGGCCCAAACAUGGUGACGUUGUGCUGUACGGCGGUCAUUCUCGUCGGCUCCGUAGUUGCGGCGGCCGGAGUACAGGUGGGGCUGUGGAGGGUGCUAGUCUCCGGGCAUGUGCUUAUGGGAUUCGGGAUUGCGGUCCUUGAUUCGGCGACGCAAAAGUUCUUCUACCACUGGUUCGGAGCUUCCGGCCUGGCCUUCGCUUUUGGACUCGAAAGCGCCAUCGCCAACACCGUCAGUCUGGUGUCCGGCAUGGUGGCCAUCCCAAUCCGAGACGGAACGGGCUCAUACGCCUGGACCUUCUGGAUCCCGGUGUGCUUUUGCGCAUUCUCCCUGUUGGUCAACAUUGCAUAUGUCUGCUUCGAGCGUCUCGUCGUCCCCCCGCACUUCCGUCUGACUUCAGGCCGAGCCCGCGCUAUUGCCGAGAAGCAAGGCAUGUCGAGCCGUAGAAAGUUCUCUUUUGGUGUUCUUUUCACGCUUCCCUGGGCGUACCUCAUGUUGCCGGCAACGCAGCUUCUCCAAAGCGGUGCCGCGGGCGGAUUCAGCACUAGCUCGGCGGACAUUAUCUUCAUGAAAGGGUAUACCGAAGAGGUUGCUGGAUAUCUGUCUACGGCACAGAAGAUUCUGCCUAUUGUUCUGAGCCCGUUCCUCGGUCUGGCUAUCGAUAAGUAUGGUCAUCGUUUCCACUACGUGGCUACGGCCCCCAUCCUUUGGAUCAUCGCAUGCUCGAUGCUUGGCUUCACCAACGUGCAUCCAACGGCAGCCCUGGUAUUCUCGAGUCUUGCGGGUGUGAUAAACUCCAUGCCGUUGCAGAUUUGCAUUCCGUUGCUGGUGGCUGAUCAAGCUAAGAUCGGGACAGCGUUCGGAGUGUGGCGGGCGUUUAACAACUCUGGCUCUACUAUCAUGGAUGUCGUCUUCGGCGUCCUGCAAGAUGGAACCGAAAACAACGGCUACUCAAAGGUGCUCAUCGUGGCCAUCGCCAUCAAAGCUUGGGCCUUCUGUCUCGGGGUGUCGUACAUCUUCAUCGACUACAAGUUCUUGGGCAAGGGGAUGACCAUGACGAGAAAACAAAGAGAGGCUAGAGAGGCCCAGAUCGUGGACAGACAAACCGAUCCCUUGACCAAGCGCACGUCGAAGAAGUGGUUCACGACUCUUACUUUCGGGUUGUUGAUUGCCAUCAUUGCCAGCGCAUGGGCUGUCUUUAUCAGAUAUCUCAUCUGA